CUCGUUGGCUGAAAAGGAAAAAGUGAGACGGAGCAUGCGCGUUGUCGGCAAUGAAACUUAUGAUUUUAUAAGGGGACGUUGUAGUCGGCCACAGGGGGCGCUCUGCCUUUCCUCGCUAAAGCAACUGGUGCUGGAAAACAGAAGCCAUCUGGCAAUCUUUUGACUCGGGGCCUGACUUCCUAUGAACUGGCUUUGUGCGCCGAUUGCUGUGGAAUUGUCGCUGAAAUGCAGCUUGAUCUUGAGGUCUUUUCAGCCUCGAUUUCUUUCAAUAUUCGGUGCCGGGUUAACCAAACCGAGAUUUUGCUACGUUCUGCAAUCUUGCAUUAGCCAAGGGAGGUAGCGAGAGAGAAUUAGCAGUGGGACGGGGCGGUUCAGCUCAGCCUCCCUGUAAGCCGAGUUGUUUCCUCUGCGGCGUAGCAAGAGCCUACACUUCAACGCAUCUGUUCCGCUUACCGGUUGCGAAAAUGUUUUCGGGCGCGCGCACGCAGAUCUUAACGCUGAAAAAGGGGAAGGGCAGAAUUUGCAAAAGGAAAGAAAUCCAAUUAGCGGUUAUUUCCUCCUAAAUCUCGUCUAGGAGGCUCUGGAGUCGUGGGUAGCCUGAAAAAAGAAGCACACACACAUACACACACACAAAACCACCCCUUCGGGUCAUUCAGUAGCAUUCCUUCUGAGAACUUAUCUAAGAAGUGAUCCCAAGCGUAGGCUUGCAAGAACGGUUAAAGAUGCAAAGGGAUGAAAUUUGAAGCUUCAUCCAUUCCACGCCCUCCUCCAAAACAAUGGCCUCCAGAGUUCCCAUAUUCCCACCCAUCCUUAUGUGCUUGGAGAGGUGGUUACAACAGAGGCAGUACCUGGCGGCAGAGUUACACUCCUCCCCCUUAUAUUUUAGGUAAUCGAUUAUGUAUUAUUUCAUGCAAUCUUAUCAACAAGCGGCCAAGGCCUCCAUCAGAAGGGGGGGGGGAAAUCCGUUCCGGUUCCAUCAAAAGGUGUCCUUUGAAGGAAAAAAAAGUCUUAGGGGCUACGGAUUCCGCUGGCGCCGUUUCCGGGGUGAUGGGCUGCCGCAGCCCCCUCCCUCGCCCAUUCGCGCCCCCCAAUAAUAAUCUGUUCCGAAAGUCUGGGCCUUGCCUACCACCUGCGCUUUGGAUCACCAACUGGCUUUAUCUGGGCCUAACCCAUUCAUCAACAAACCUCAGGGGCUCCGCUGUAUUGCAGCGGUCGUAUAAAUACCUAAACAGUUUUUCAGGGACGCACUGUUGUUCUGGGAUCACGGUGGUGAUAAUAAUGGGGUAAAGCAAUCAACUUAUUUUUUUCCUGUUUCCUUCCACGACUUUUGCAAAUAACUGUAUGGAAAUUUCUCCUCCCCCUCCCCCCACCUCUUAUUAUUUUAUUUAUUUAUCUAUCGACUUGUGUUGGAACGUUUUGGCCCCAAGGGUUCUCGGGAAACAGCCCAAGGCAGCCACGUGAACUCCCAAAGUCUUGCAUAUAUCCAAGGGGGUUCUUGUUCGUUGAACUGAGAAAGCCGGGCAGGAAAUUGCCCUUUCCCUGAGUUCCUCCCUGCGGUUCCUUGACUAAAAGGCCACUCCUGAUCAACCUCCGGCUCUCGCUGCUGCGGUCGCUUGGGCUGCGGGACAAAGUUUGAACUUCUCCGCUCCCCCCUUCUUCAUAACGGAGGUGAAAGAUAAACCGGGCAUUAAUAGAUCUCGUACGGAAGAAGGGAUUAUUGAGGCUCAAAGGGGAAAAAGUGCUGUUAUUUCUGGCGAGGAUUUCGCUUUCAUGAAACAGAGAAGAAUGGGGCUGAACGACUUCAUUCAAAAAAUAGCCACCAACUCCUAUGCAUGCAAGCAUCCUGAAGUACAAUCAAUUCUGAAGAUCUCCCAGCCUCAAGAACCAGAACUUAUGAAUGCCAAUCCUUCUCCUCCACCUAGUCCAUCUCAACAAAUCAACCUUGGCCCAUCAUCUAACCCUCACGCUAAACCAUCAGAUUUCCAUUUCCUGAAAGUUAUUGGGAAAGGUAGUUUUGGAAAGGUUCUUCUUGCAAGGCACAAGGCAGAAGAACAAUUCUAUGCAGUAAAAGUACUCCAGAAAAAAGCAAUCCUGAAAAAGAAGGAGGAGAAACAUAUUAUGUCUGAACGCAAUGUCCUCCUUAAGAAUGUGAAGCAUCCUUUCCUGGUGGGACUUCACUUUUCCUUCCAGACAGCUGACAAGCUGUAUUUUGUGCUAGACUACAUCAAUGGUGGAGAGUUGUUCUACCAUCUCCAGAGAGAACGUUGCUUCCUGGAGCCAAGAGCUCGUUUUUAUGCUGCUGAAAUAGCUAGUGCACUGGGCUACCUGCAUUCUUUGAACAUUGUAUACCGGGACUUGAAGCCAGAGAACAUUUUGCUUGAUUCUCAGGGCCACAUUGUUUUGACUGACUUUGGACUCUGCAAAGAGAACAUUGAACACAAUGGCACAACUUCCACAUUUUGCGGCACUCCUGAAUACCUGGCCCCUGAAGUCCUUCACAAGCAACCUUAUGACCGGACUGUGGACUGGUGGUGCCUUGGGGCAGUUUUGUACGAGAUGCUUUAUGGACUGCCCCCUUUCUACAGCAGAAACACAGCAGAAAUGUAUGACAACAUCUUGAACAAACCUCUACAACUGAAGCCAAAUAUCACCAACUCUGCUAGACACCUUUUGGAAGGACUUUUGCAGAAGGACAGAACUAAGAGGCUAGGAGCAAAGGAAGACUUUAUGGAAAUUAAGAAUCACAUUUUCUUCUCUCCAAUUAACUGGGAUGAUCUUAUAAACAAGAAGAUUACACCACCUUUUAACCCAAAUGUGAGCGGGCCUAACGAUCUGCGACACUUUGACCCCGAGUUUACAGAGGAGCCUGUCCCAAACUCCAUUGGCCAGUCUUCAGACAGCAUCCUCAUCACUGCCAGCGUCAAAGAGGCUGCCGAAGCAUUUCUGGGCUUUUCCUAUGCUCCCCCCAUGGAUUCUUUCCUUUGAAUUUUGUGAUUUCUUUCUUUUUUUAAAAAAAAAAUAAAUAAUCGUUCUUUUGGCAUUCUGAUCAAGCUGCCGGUUGCCUGGUCAUCUUGAAAGAUAAAAUUUUGCACAUCUUCCCACUGUGUGGCAGCUUUGCAGCCUUAAUUUCAACUGUAUUGUUUGCUGAAAGCUUUUGUGUUUUUUUUUUUUUUUUGGGAGAGGGGUGUUGUUCUUGUCCAAUUGGAAGAGCACAUUUAACUCCUUUUAAGUGAACUCAUGACAUUUCACUACUGGUUCUUCCCACACACCCAAGUGGUGCUACAUCAAGGUCGCAAGUACUGAAAGGAGAAGGAAAAAAGCAACUGCUGCCAUAGAUUGCUCUAGAAUGUAAGCCUCAAAACAAAACUCUUUUGUGUCCCUGAUUGGUGAGCAGAGCCCCAACAUGGAGAUCUUUCUGGAUGUGAAAGAGAACUUUAUGAAGAUGUGCCUUUUUUCCCCCCUCCUGACGUUGAGAUCUUUGUGAACUCCAAAAGUUUUUAUCAGAGAGUGCUUUCUGGAUUCAUGUGUGAGCGAGUGUGUAACGUGGACAAUGGCAGGAGUGUGAUUUGUAUAUUCCCACAGAUGGACUUGGCUCAGAGGUGUCCGUGUGACACUUGGAGGACAGUAUGGGGCAUUGUUUGUUCCUUCCAUAUUUGGAAGAAAAUAAAUAAAUGUAGAUAGUGAUUUUUUUAAAGAAAAAUAUGUAAAAAAAAUAUAUAGUUCAAAUGGGCUUCAACUACUUGUAUCCCAAAUGCUUGAAGAAAGCAUUGCUGCUAUGGAAAUAUAUAUAUACAGAUAUAUAUGUAUAUAAAUAUUUCUAUUUUUAGAAAUGGUUUCUAUGGACCAAAAUGCCCCAGCUGUUGUCUGCUAAUCUGCUGGUUUAGUUCAUAUUUUUUUUUUGUUCAUAAUCUGUAAACUUGGGCAUUAUUUAUGGGUAUUGUUUGCUUGCAUUCCUUGUAUGUAUUUGUAAAAAGGUUUGUACAGUUGAUUGCAAUGCUAAAUGAAUAUUUAAAAGAAAAAAAAAACUUUAAAGGCUCAUAAUGUAUUCCACCAUUGUAAUGUACUUAAUAUGGUUAUAAUAUGUACCAUUUUUGUGACCAAACCCAUUGGUUUGCAGUAAAAUCUUGGACAAUAUUUCUA